UUGCGUCUUACUGCUGGCCCCUGUUGCCCUUGCCUUUGCUUGUAGGCAGACACGUACGCGGUGAUGGGUCUUGUUUGUCUGGCUCUCUCUCUCGUGUCGUUGAAGCUCCGAGACCAAGAGACCAAGACAUUGACCAAGACACACAAACACAGGCGGCCAGACGAUAGCAUCAGCUCCAGACAGACCUGCAGCCUCGACGGCCCUCAUCGCACUACUGAGGCGACCCUACUCAUGGACUAUGACAAGUGUUUCGCCAUUGUCUACCUGAUCGGCCUCGUCGCAUCCUUCACCUGGCUCUCCUACCACUAUGCCAUCCCGCACUACCUGGCGGCCGCUCAAAUAGGAACGCUCGUGCAGGCGACCUGCGCACUCACGCUCGGUUUCUCUUUCCUCAUCUUCUUCCUGAUAUGGGCUGAAUUUGGAGACUGGGUGCCGAGUAUACGUGCAUUGGCUUGGCAGUCCAGCAUCGCCUGUUUGCUAGCGCUCAUGGUCCUCAUCCUACCUCUCCUCAUGAACUAUGGCUUUUUCUCUGAGGGGACAGGUGUCUCGGCGCGCUAUCGCUAUUUAUGCACAUUGCUUGCACUUGGCGCAGAACUCUACCUCUUCUACAGGCUCGGUGAUUUCCUCCCCUCGCAAACAAUCAGUCACAGUUUCUUGCAAGCUUGUGUGAUUCGUGUGGGCAUCUUGGGGAUCCUGACCAUGGCGCUGUUAUCUGGGUUUGGUGCAGUCUCUGCAAUUGAACAAGCAGUCUUACCAAGACGCGCCGUGACGGAGACAGAAGUGGCACGUCUACAAGAAGCUGUGCAUAUGGCAGAAGAUCAACUUGAGAUGAAGGUACGAGCUCUCGAGAAGCAAGAGGCUAGGGAGGCAGAAGCGCAGCAUCGUGGGUUUGUUGCACGGUGGAUGGGUGCUAUUUCUCGGAACAGUGAAGUGGAGGAGAUGCGACUGGGUGUGCUUGGGAUGCAAGAACUCCUGGCAUCAUUACAGGCCGAUGCAGCUACUGGACAAGCGACCUUGGAUGAUCAACAAGCUGCCAAGACGUGGCGUGGGAAGCUAUUCAAAGUGCUGGAUGUGCUCUUCAGUCUCUACUGCGUCUAUCGGAUUGCCUUUACACUGUACAAUCUGACGCCGUGGAAGGGCCAAGCAUUAGACCCUGUUUCGCGGGUGCUUGGCUUACUUGCAACACACUACGACGAAGACAUUGAUCGAGUGACCUUGACACGGCAGAUUGGGUUUCUGCUGAGUGGUGUGGUGAUUGCUGGUAGUUUACGGGCCUGCUUGAUCAGUUUAGCCAGACUGAGCAAAGUCCUACCGCAUGUCAUCAACCAGCGAUCCAUGGCGCUUGGGUUUGCCAAUAUUCUGGGGUCUUACAAUAUUGCCACUGCGAUCAUGCUCUGUCGCAGUGUGCCGAGCGACUAUGGCAAGACGAUCUUGGGUAACUUGGGUGCUGCGCUGGAUCAAAGCCAGUUUGAGGUGAUCUUUGACCGGUGCUUCAUCCUGGGUACGUUUGGGACGACGGUGAUUUUGGUACUGCAGCGUAAAAUGGGGGGUGUGAGCGGGGAUUUGGAGGCUGGGGUUGAGAAGAGGCUAUGAGGAAGUGUAUACUGCUAUAGAGAUAGAUGAUGACGUACAGACAGCAGAGUAUACUCAGUAGAGUAAGUAUAGUAGAGUAUAGUAUAAGGCAGGGUUAGCUCAGCU